AUUUAAUACCCAAGUAAUUAAAUAAUCGACUAAGAGCCAAACUGGUUAUGCAUUCUGUUUCCAUGGAGUCCUGUUUGAGUAACGCUGUCACAAGAGAAGCUUGCGAAACAAGUAGAGGUGCCACUGAGGAGGCCCAAGUGCAAAGCAUUUCAAUAGAAACCAGUACCCUGGAGGCAAGGUUUGAAACUGUAAAGAAGGCAAGAGAAAAUGCAAAGAAUCACUCUCCAUCUCCAAAGAUACAAAAGGUUAUAUUCUUGCUGCGAGAUCAAGAGGAUUUUAAGAAGUACUAUGAGCCGAGGGUGGUAUCACUUGGUCCCAUCCAUCAUGGUAAAGAAAAGUACAAGCUAGCAGAAAAGUACAAGCUUGUGCUGACAUAUGAAUUCGUCAAUGGUAGCGGCAAGGAGAUAAAAGAUUUAUAUAAGAAGAUUGAGGAGAACAUCAAGGAACUCAGGGAAUGCUUCGAGGAGGAGGUGACCAAAAAAUAUGAUGAUGAGGCCCUCGCUUGGCUGUUGUUCGUGGAUGGUUGUGCAAUACUACAAUACAUAUACUGCGCUACUAAAAACCAGUUCAAACAGUUGAACAUAAAAACUGACAGUGUUACAUUCGGACUACAGGAUUUGUUCUUGCUGGAGAACCAACUUCCUUAUCGUCUUCUCAAAUGGUUGAUGGGCUUGAGUAAGAUGGAAAAGGAGUUGAAGGUAUCAAUUGGAACUUUUGUUGCACACCACUGUAUGGUACCAGAUGACCAGCAAUUGAAGCAGCAACAAACAAAAGGCAAGAGAGGCGAUGCAUUUUGUUCAGAGGAGAAGCUAAAAGAACAAAUAAUAUCAAUGGAUGAAGAGCCCGUCCAUCUUCUCGAUCAUCUGAGGACAAAACUCUUGGGUGAAGCACCACUGGAAUCUCGGAAGGGAAAAGCAGUCCAAGAUUGGCAAUCCUAUCGCAACAUUCAGGAGCUUAAAGCAGCAGGUAUCCGUUUGAAACGUAGUGACAGUAGUAGCUUGCGUAACAUACGUUUUAGUAAACAAAUCCUUCACUUUGGGCACCUUUAUCUUCCACCAAUUAUUGUGGAUGACUCAACGAGGCCGAAGUUCUUGAACUUGAUAGCCUACGAAAUGUGUCUGGAUUUUGAAAAUGAUUUCGGGAUCACAUCUUACAUAUCUUUUCUUGAUUCACUGAUCGAUGAAGCUAGCGAUGUUAAGAUGCUAAGGAAAGCACGGAUACUCCACAACCUCCUUGGCAGUGAUGAAGAAGUGGCUCAGCUCUUCAAUAAGAUAGGCACCGACUUGGUGCCUAACCCCGAUAUAUAUCUGAAUGUCAAGUCCGAUAUUCAGGGAUUCUAUGACUGCAAAUGUACAACAUGGAUGGCUCAAUUCAUCCACGACCAUUUCAGCAGUCCUUGGACAUUUCUUGCUUUCUGUGGUGUAUUACUAGGACUUGGUCUAACUGCCGCUCAGACUUGGUAUGCUGUCAAGUCUUCCUGGUCAGGACCAUGAGAUGACUCACGCAAGAAUUUAACACAAACCUUUCAAAAGGUAAAGUUUUAUCGAUUUGCUUUCUCUUUCCAAGUGUCUAGCUAGCUAAAGUACAUGGUUUCUAUGCCUUUCAGUCGGUGGUUGCCAAAUAAAAACACUUUAAUAAGAAUUCAACGCUAGUUAUGUUUUCAAAGAAUUCAACAUUGGUUAUGUUUUGUUUUCACAUGGGUCAUCAUCCG